AUGGAUUUGCUGUACAUCAACACGCUUCAGAGCCUUUCGUUACUCGGAGGCAAUCGCUUGGGGCAAACAAUUCAGGAGUUAAAUACGAUUAAUCAAAUGGAACUCAAUGUGUUUUUGGAGUUUGGCAAUGGUUCAGAAAUCUUAAGAGCAGCUCGACAGCCUUUUAUACCCAGCAUUUGGAUCACAAAUACGGAAAAGCAAAUGGUUUUGGAAGGAAACUUCAGCAGUAAAACCCUAACAGUUUUGUAUCUUGAAGAUGAGCAUCUAAAAAGUGGUCUUAACUACCUGAAAAAUUGGCUGUGGAAAUAUCAUCAUCUUCAAGUGUUGAUAUUUUACAACGGAGGUACUUAUGAAAAAUUAUCAUAUAUAUUCAGUCAUUGCUUUAAAGAAGGUUUGGUUAAAACACUGGCAAUGUUACCGGAUUCGGAAAAAAUCUAUGGUUUUCUGCCAUAUCAAGAUAUGAGAAUUUUGCACUUGCGUAGUGUGAAGGAGUACUAUGAAAAAUUUCGUCUUAAUUGGAAUUUUAAUGGCUAUAAUAUCACAAGCGGUCUUGUAACAGCUGGAGCUCCUCGUUGGUUUUCCUUUACGGAUCGUCAUAAUCGAUUAGUGCUAUCUGGAUAUAUGCUUCGGAUGAUUGUGGACUUUACAAAGCACUUUAAUGGAUCCAUUCGACUAAUGAACGUGGUAACUGUUAACGAGGGUCUUGAACUUUUAGCCAAUCAUUCGAUAGACUUUUUCCCCUUUUUAAUCAGACCACUUGAAAAGUUCUCGAUGACCAAUAUUCUUUAUCUGGAAAAUUGUGGUCUUAUAGUGCCCACAUCAAGACUUUUGCCUAACUCGGUUUAUUUGCUAAGGCCUUUUACAUUUAGCACACGGAUAAUCUGGAUAAUAAUGAUAAUAUAUUGCUCCCUAGCAUUGAGAAUUUUGUCUAGAGGACAAAUAAACUUAAGUGGAGCUUUUCUGCAAAUUCUCCGAUUGGUUUUGUUUCUCUCAGGAGGCAAAUUUAUGGGCCAUCGACCAUCUCAUCAUCGCCUCGUACUCUUUAUAAUAUUAACCACUGCAGGACUUAUAUUUACCAAUCUUUACCUGGCUAAACUUUCUAGUAAUUUAACUGCAGGACUUUACGAAAAACAAAUAAACACAUGGGAGGAUUUGGACGAAAUCGAUGGAAUUUGGCCCUUGAUUGAUGUUGACAUUAUUACUAUGCAAAAAUUAAUUCCCGAUAGAGUGAAACUAUUGAAACGCAUAGCAACUACAUCGGAAGCUGAUGUAGAUAUGUAUCGCCGAAACUUAAAUACAAGCUGUAUUCACUCGGGAUUUUACGAUCGCCUUGAGUUUGCUCUCUAUCAGCAAAAAUUCCUUAGAUUUCCCAUUUUCCGGAAGUUUCCACAUAUCCUGUACCAGCAACCUCUUCAAAUCCCAGCUGCAUUUGGACGACCUUAUUUUCAGUUGUUCAAUUGGUUUGUGAGAAAAAUAUUUGAGAGUGGAAUUUAUCUGAAAAUGAAGGACGAUGCCUAUCGACAUGGCAUUCAGAGUGGCUUACUGAAUUUCGGAUUUCGUGAUCGGCAUUUGGAAGUGAAAUCGAAUGAUUUGGAAUAUUAUUACCUCAUUGCGGGAUUGUGGCUGGGUGGUUUGACUUUGGCUACCGUUUCAUUUAUCGUUGAAUUAUUAAUUGGAUUUACUAAAAUUAAUGUAACUAUAGACUUUAAAAUGAUUUAUUGA